GAAGGCUUGGGAAUAGAGUUUCAUCAUUUGCUCAGGCUUAAAAAUUGAUCAUAUUUUGAAAGUGUAGUUUUCGGAAUCGAUUGAUUUUUUCUUGUACAUCAUACAUCUUCAACAAGUUCAAAUUAAUAAGAGAAUCAUGAUUUCCAAUAAUAAUAAUAGUAUAGUGAAUGUAUCUUUCAACAUUCUGAGUAAGAAAACCAAAUGUACUCUAGACUUGGAUGAAAAUACCAGCAUACAAACCAUCAAGAAAGAAUUGGAGCAGGACUUUGGGAUACCACCAUCAAGAACUAAAAUUAUUUGCUCUGGAAAAGUCUUGACCAAUGAUAUUACUCUGAGAAGUCUCAAACGAAGAAAACUUCAAUUUAUGGUUAUGGGUGAAAAGCCUUCAUCAGAGUUUGUAUCUAUGACUGUUGAAGAUUGUAUCAGCACGUCAUUGGCUUUUCUUACCUUGGAGGAAAUUCAAACAUGUCGAUUAGUAUCAAAGUCUUGGAAUCAAAUGUGUUUGAAGGGAAGUAUCAAGAAUAGAGACAGAUAUACCUUUUUAAAGGAUGGAAAAUCAUGUUUUGAUAUUUUGCAAAGCAAGGUGAUUUAUACAUUGCCAAAUACAAUUGCCUCAUUGAAAGAAAUGACUUCAAUUCAUUCUCCAUACAUACAUGAAAGGUUUGAGAUUUUCAACAAGUCUGGAUCUGAACAAAAACGAGUUUACACUGGUACUGAUUAUGUAUUUAUAUUCGAUCCAAAUAGAGGGAAGGAUACUUUUCAAGUGGUAGAUGUUCCAACUGGUCAAACAGUUCUUUCACUCUCAGAAGAUGCAUUCAAUCAAAUCAAACCUUUGGAGGUAAAAUUGCAACAGGAUAAGGCCUUUAGCACUUUCAAGAGGGAGCUUUUGACCCUCAAGGACAAGGAAAGAAGGGAACGAUUGAGACAAACAUUCAAUGACACUAUGAAAAAUCAACAAGUAGCAAUUAAUAGUGCUGAAUGGCAACAAAGAAUGAUUGAGCUUCAAAAUGAAGCCAAUGAUACCAGAAAAUUUGAGGAGUCUUAUGAAUUUCAGUCUGUUGUAGAGAGGGAAAGAAAGGAAUUCUUUAAGGAUAAUCUUUUAUUUGUAUUUUAUGAUCAUUUAACCAGAAAAAUUGUAUUAGAAUUUCCAAAUUAUAUUGCCUUGCUAGAUAUGAAAGGCGUGUGUAGACAUUUCGUAACACUUCGUGUAAAACUCCCAAAGGAAGAAUUAGAAGAGGCUACCUCAUCACUCUUACCUAUCGACAAGUUUUACAUUGUAAAGACAAAAAAGCAUAAUGUCCAUAUACUGGAUAGAAUGACUUUACGCGAAGUUGGGCUCUUAAAGGAUGUUGCUAAUGUAGAUCGAUUAAUAUCCUCAAUAGUAACAGAUGACAAUCAAAUAUAUCUGCUAACAGGAUCUGAGAGUCAUUUCUCUCUAUUAUCUAUGACUGGAACUACUGUUGGAGAUUCCUUCUCAGGCAAUUUACAUGUCACUCCAAACAAUCUGUUUGCCUCUGGGAGUGUAUUUGAUAUAGAUCAAUUGAAGAAUAUCUUUUCCGGUUUUGACAAGGAUAGAAAUAAUCUUGCCUCAGGAGAGCCUCUUGUAAUUUUUGAGGAUGAAGAAAAGUCUUUGGGUGGAUUUGUUUACCUCUCACCUUAUCAAGCCAAUGAAAAGAAGGCAACUUUUGGCAAUUUGCCUUACAAGAAGGGAUGUUCAUGCUUAAAAUCAGUUGCUGUGAAUGUAGAACAUGAAAGACACUUUAGAAAUCGUGAGAAGGUAGUUGAGCAGGUUUUAACACCAUCUAUUGUUUGGUCUGUUCCUUUGGAAAUACCUGCCAAGACUUCUUGCAAAUCAUACUAUCUCUACGGAAGCAAUAUUUACUUUGCAUGUGUACAUAAGCCAUUGAAAGAACGUCAACAACAACAGGAAGAAGUAGUAGAUAUUGAGGAUGAAUCUGAGGAAACAAUGGAAGAACCUGCCAAUGAAGAUGAGAUGGCGGAUGAUGUGGAAACUGAAGAUUUAUUUGGUGAUACUUAUCUAUCGGUCUAUUGUGUUGAUAUCAAAUCUGGAACUCUAGUUUGGACAUUUAGGAAACAACUCUCUGAACGUCCAAAUGCUGUUAAUAUCUAUCCAAGAUCUAACUCUAUGUUUGUAGAGACAGGCGAACAGGAAAAAACUCUUUAUGUAAUUUCACUGUUGAAUGGAGUGCUUACUUUCAAGACUACUCUGUCAGAUAAAUCAAAUGAUGAAGUUCUCAAGUUAAUAUUGAGCUAGGUUGAUUAUAGGUAAUAAAAUAAUCUUUCAC